AUGAAGGAUAUUUUCGAACGAAGACCGGAGCUACUUAAUAGUACCGAUCAGCAUUUAGGCAUGACUGCUUUGCACUGGGCGAUUGAUUCCGGUUGCGAUAAAGUGAUACAAUUUUUGAUCUCAAAAGGAGUCGACGUCAAUGCAGUAGACCCAGAAGGCAAUACUCCGUUGCAUUUUGCGGCGUAUUGCCAUCGUCAAGCCGCAGCUGAGACUCUGAUAUCCAAAGGAGCCGAUCGAACGGUGCGUAACAGUGAUGGGCAGACAGCUGCAGAAGCAUGUGAUGAGCCAACGUUGCGGGCAAUUCUGAUGCCACCUUCAUUAUGA